AUGGACGCACUCGUAGAAAGCAUCGUACAGAGCAAUGCACGGGCCGAGCUCACAGCAGGACAGCUGCAAGCCCUCAUCGGGCUUUGCACCUCGACCUCUGAGGUCCUGUCGCCGUCCCACACCCUCUUCCGCAAGCUUUCCGCCACCCUUGCGGCCUCCCCUUCCCUAGAAGACGCAUCUCAGUGCAUUCGUCUCUGCAUCCUCCUCUGUAGAGAGGUAGCGCACCGCGAAAUCAUUUUUUCACUUAUCGAGGCGCACAACGUAUGGGUGGAGUCCAUCGCAACACCGAGCAUCUCCGCGCUGGGGACGUCACACGCGGGCCACCGCAGCGGAACCACGUACGAGGCGACCGAGGAUCGCAGCUUCCUAUCUCAGCUGAUUCUCGUCAUGCUGGCCUCAGCUGAGUCGAAGAUGAAGGCGUCUGAUCUCGUAGAUUUCCUCGGUGCUGACGUCGAGAGCACUGUGGAGGUACUGGUGUCCUGCUACGGAAGCGUGUGCGGGGCCCUUCCAGGAGUACUCGCCGCCGCCUCCGGAGGCUACCAGCUUCACCUGGUCGCCCGCCUCGUCGACCUCUUUCGCGAGCUCACGUUCUGGAUUACGUACGAGGAACUGCACUCGAGCCUGAGGAUCGGCAGCAAGGGGAAAAACACGCUCUCGCAGUGCACCGGUAGCGCUUCCAUGAGGGCCCUCUCUGCCCCAUUCCGCCACCACGUCGGCCAGCUCAUCUCCUACCUUGUGAGGUACGACUUCUUUGGCCCCAUGAGUAUGUACUUGCCGCUCGUCUUCGACAAAUAUUUGGCCUCACCCCGCAGCAGCAGCAGCGACGGUGACGACCGGGAUGUGUUGAUGGCCUUGUCCUUGCUCCGCAGCCACCUCCUGCUUCUUCAAACCCUGCUGACGCUGACGGACCAGUAUGCGCUCGUUCUGCGCAAAGCGCUCUGCCGCUGCGGGCUCCUCAGCAAGGUAUGCGGCCCUCUCCUGCGCGUCUUGUGUAGACCACAGGGAUGCCUACCUGGGGAAUUGUCUCUGUUCGUGCAGACGGCGGCGGUCGCGUCAACGCUGACGUACCAUAGCGGUGAGUGUCACCAGUUCUGGGGAGAGAACAGCAGUGUGCUGGUGGCAGUCGCAGACCGCUCCGUCUUUACUCUAGCAGAUGGCUGCAUCGCAGACCCGCGCACAUCUGCCGAGCUGGUGGCACAGCUGGUGCGCCUCGUCGUAAACUCUCACUCCAGCGCCGCGGUGGCGCCGUUACUCAAGACGUGGGAGAGCGUCCUCGACUCCGGUGGCAAACAGUACGUUGCUUGCAGCCUCAGCAAUCCCACGAGCCGUAGCCGUCCUCUUGACAUCAGCAGUCCAUCAUACAAUGCACUGCGGUGCGUAUUUCGCGUGGACACCACAGCCCCACCCCCACCGCCUGUCGCCGCGCGGCGUGGCCGUGUCGACGACCUGCUUCGUCAACGGCGAAGAGGUCCACACAACCGAGAGCAGCGAAGCUUGAGCCGCGGUCGCAGCCGUAGCAGUGCGCGCUCAAAGCGAUGCCCCCGCCACCAGUCACGACAAGCGCGUCUUCAACGCUAUCACCUACUGGUGCAGAGCACAACGCCCACGACUGCGGUGGCGCGGGAGCAGACUCAGGUGCAGCUCGACGCCCUUGAUUUCGCCAGUGAUUCCUCCUCCGACGAGAGCAGCGACGACAGAGACGAAGCGGCAGACGCUUACGAGUCGACUUGUGGUCCCCAGGAGGACCUCUCACGCUGGCGGAGAGGCCCACCGCCGAGGACGAUCCCCAUACAGUACAUCUGUUCUCUCUCCCAUUCAUUGAUACGCUCGACCCCGGUGUUGUCGUCCACCGGCUACCUCUUCGACGAAGACGUCAUUAUAGACUACCUGCAGUACUACGACGUCUGCCCCAUAUCUGGAGCGCCGAUGUCGCGUGCCGACUUGGUCGUGGACACGGCGCUCAAGGAGGAACUUGGGAAGGUUCGAGCCAACUUUAUGUAG